AUGAGCAAGGAGAGCCUUCGCUAAACGAGUUGAGUGUGUAUUAGCUGAUUUACGGUACUCAGGUGCUUCUGCGCUACGCGGAUUUGGGGAACAUUGUACACAGAAACGUCGAUGGCUCUCAGGAACCCGGGCUGUUUGGUGGCGCUCUGGGGAGCAGCUCGUCACAAUGUCGAUCUUAUAAAAGGCAGCCCUUCCCUUUUCACUUCCAGGUCCUUUGCAGGGGUUCGACUCUACAGCUCGUGCCCAGUUCGGAUUAGCAGUCUGGACCACCUGGUUUUGACAGUGAAGAGCAUUCCGAAUACUGUAGCUUUCUACACCUCAGUGCUGGGCAUGGAGGUCAUCACCUUCAAGGGAAACCGCAAGGCCUUGUGCUUUGGGAAGCAGAAAUUCAACCUCCAUGAAGCAGGGAAGGAGUUUGAACCCAAGGCCCUGUGGCCCACACCAGGCUCUGUUGACUUGUGUCUCAUCACCAGCACGCCUUUGGCGACAGUGGCUGCACACCUCCAAGCCUGUGGGGUAACCGUGGAAGAGGGUCCGGUGCUGAGGAGUGGUGCGGUCGGUCCCAUCACAUCCCUUUACUUCCGUGACCCUGACCACAACCUCAUCGAAGUGUCCAACUACAAUCUUCCACCUGCGGAGGAGGCUGCAUAAGUCACUCAGUGGCAGCCCCCCCACACAGGUGUACCUGUGUCCGUCACAGAUGUCAGAGUGCAUUAAAAAUUCAGUCUGUGGUGAAAUUAUAGUGUGGGUAGUAAAAAUAUGGGAUGAUUAAGUUGUUAGGGGAAAUGAGGGAAAGUGGUGAACAGGCCCACCACUGUUGCGUCUGUAUGUUUUGGGGUCUGUUCUCCACUGGGUCCUGCUCAGUUGCUUUUAGACAAUCCUGUUUGGGGUCUGUAGGCCUGAGCAUGCAAUCAGGACUGCCUUUGACCCUAGAACAAGCCCUGGCCUUAGAGAAUUUACGAUAAGAUCAGGCACCCACGUCAAUGCGCAAUUACCUCUCCACCCUGCUCCCGGCCUAUUUUGAGAGUGCGUAGAGAGCUCUUUCUGCGCAGCCCCAACGGAAAUCCAACUGGUACAAGUUCCAGGUUUUAACUGGGCUUGAUUUUUAUGCCGAAAUGCGGAACACACUUGAAUAGCAGCCUAUUAAAGACUCAAAAUGUAGCUUCAGUAAAAAAAAGUGGAAGAUUUUGCUAGCACUGCACUGGAUGCACAGUGUUUCUCACAUACAGUCAAUUUCAAACACUCCAUGCCAUUUAUAUAACUCCCUAUGUGCUGUGUAUGGUCAGUGGUCUUUAACCUUAAAUAAAGGGUUGCUGUUCAAAUGUUAAAUGAUAAAGUUUUAGUGUCCUGUGUUUCCAUUUCUUUCAGAAUGCCUUGUCACAAGUGAUCUCUAGUAAGUGCCCCUCC